CCCUCACUUUCAACGGUUCCUCCUACCUCUACUAACCCGAUCGGUAUUUUUCGUAUGGAGGCCGUAAUUAAGAACGCGAGGCAGAGUCUGGCUUCUCGAAUCGGUGCGCGCGUAGCUUUUCACGCGUCAUCGCGGUCGGGGCCGCCCGCCGCGGCGCGGCGGAACGGAAUGAGUCUCUCACUCUCUCGUGCAGGCACAUGUGCGCGCGCGCAACCGCGACACCGCGCUAUCACGACUCAGGAGGCUGCUGCUGCUGCUGCUGCUCUGUCCCGUUCGUGCUGGGCUCCGAAAUCCUUGGCAUCACUUGUAUAUUCAAGGUUCCUACGUUUACUGCGCGGCGUCGAUUAAAAGCGAAACAAAAACUCGUCCGCUGCACUUUGUGCUAUAUCGUGUGCAGUCAAGCCUCAGCUGGAAAGGCCCCUCGCAAUACACGCACGACGUUGCGAUUGCGCGACGAUUCAUACGGAUUCCACACAUUACGUCACCCGAUCGCGCGCAGCAUCCGUGAAUUUAUGUGAGCUUAUGAGAGAUAAGACCGCGGGAGCGCAAUGAUCUUGACCGGGCUCUCCCCUUCUUCGCCUUAGCCGCCGCAUACUGCAUACCGAAUCAUUGUGUAACGCGACUAAUAAGCUCAUGAAUGAAGCAGUUACUUAUCACGUUCAUUAGAGCUCGUUCCUAGCUCGAGGGCGAAAAGAUAUUUAAUCGGAUUGCGCCUAACUCGAAGUAUCUCGUUUGAACUAGACCGGCAAUUUUCACGUAAUGUAUAUAUAAAGCGAGCGUUGGCGCGCACGUGCGAGUGCUUCAACAAGAAUGCCGCGGGAGAUAAAAAAACUAUCGACAAAUGAGACGUCGUAAGCGCACACGUGGAGGAGACUCGAUCGUCUGUGAAAUAGACGUUCAAUCGACUGCAAGAGACGUGUCAAUUUUCUUAAAAACAAAAUUAUAAAUGCUUGCUAAUAAUUAUUUGUCCGCCAGCAAUAAAUUUAUAACGCAGCGCGAGCGAUAGGAAAAGGUCUGGUUCAGCUACAGGACCGAACGGACACACGCGUUGUACGCGUACGUUUAUCUGUGUGACUCAACAAGUGAAGCGAUACACAGCUGAAUACGCCCUGUUAUUUAUUUUCACGGCCUUUCAACUCGUUUGUCGUUGAGUAUAUUUGGUCGAAACGGAGAAGAUAUAUAUAUAUAUAUAUAUAUAAAAUCAAGUGGCAAAUUCAAUUUAUAAUAAGGUCAUAUUUAUGGGCCGCGUGUCAUAGAACGAAACCCCGUGCUCGCACACAGUUGACCCGAAUACAAAUUUAGUUUGCGGCGAGUCAACAGAUUUUGAAAUCGACUGCCGCGCACGAGUUCACCGUAUUUUGAGAUUUAUGUUUUUCGAAUAUUACCGAUACUUUAUAGUCUCGAUGGCGGCAUCAUAGCGUAGCUCGCGCGAUUAGCCCAUGCAGAUAAGAUAACCGCUUAAGUCUGCGUGCCACAGAUCAGCUGAUAUACACUGCACAAAUAUAGUUAUGCAAGCGAAGUUGCGCAUUUUUGUAUUUUUCUACAGUUGAGUAUCGCGCAAUAACCUCCGAGGCUGCAGACGCCGCAGCGCCGAGCAACAUGGAAUGCGACGAGCAGCGGCAGCAGCCGCGUCUCUGCUCCUCGUGCGCGGCGCUCCUCUUGCAGCAGCAAAAGCCCGGCGGCGGCGGCCGAUCCGUCCGCAUGGGCAAGUGCCUCUUGCGGCUGCUGGGCCACGCGCUCCUUCUCGGGCUCAUCUGCUGCCUCGGCUGGCUGCUCUACCGCGAGUUUGCCGACUGCCUCUGGAACGUCGCUCAGAGCCUCGUCGUGACGAGCUUCCUCUUCAUCGGCAGCAGCCUCGCGCUCCUCGCCCUCUGCAGCGGCAGCGGCACCACCGGCCAAGAGCUUCGAGUCCGUUCCGCGAGCGUUGAAUGAACUGUUAUAAUAAACUCUGCGCGAUCACACGGUUUACGCGCCUGUGUCUGCCUUAUUCCACCGCCUCACCCCGAGUUAUGAGACCCGAUCUCAGCACGAGCUAAUGGCCGUUUUAUUUUUAUUGCCGUUUCUCGAAAAUAGUCGAGGCCGCGAUGUCGUCAUCACGCGCGCACGAUGCGGUGAUGCCGAUCGAAUCAAUUAAAGCGCGCGCGCGCGCGCGCGCUCACGCGGAAAGUGCCGCUCGCUCCGCCGGCUACAAUUCGGUUCGACCUUUGGCUUCUCUCUAGUGAUGGGCGAUUCUUUAAAAAAGAACUACACGAUUUUUAUAACAUUAUAAAUUGAUUAAAAAAUUUGAUAUUUACAUUGAUAUUUGUUUUAUUUGGAAAGUAUGAUUUUACAAUAAUACUUCCAUUUAAUACAGUUUUAUAGAUGACUUUUCUUUAUUUUCACAUGUACGCACAAUUUAUGAGAAACGUUUGUUUUGCGCUUUAUUCGAUAUCGUCAAAUAUAUCUCUCUCUUCACUUAGAUAUACAUCUCCCGACAUACGCCAAAUAACGUAUUAUCGACAAACUCUUUUAAUCAGCUUUUGCAAGCGAUAGAGAUUAAAAUAAAGGCUUGACUUUUAAUUUGAAUUAUGUAUUUUGCACUUAAAAUAAAACCGAAAAAGAAUCGAUUCUCGAUUCCCAGUUUCAAAAUAAUUGAGAAUCGAGAUUCUUCAGCAAAAGAAUCGCCCCCAUCACCACAGUUCCCUCUUCCCGCAGGCCGCGGGAAGCCAUGAAGAAAGACCCUGUGGGCUUGCGGGACGCCAAUGAAUUACUCACUCGCUACAAUGUUCUAUCUCUCUCACUCUCGGCUUUCAGCAGCGGGGCCGAAGAAGCGAGCGCAGCCGAUCGAUCCGGACUGCGAGAUGGUACCCCCGGACGGAGGCUGGGGCUGGUUCGUCCUGGUGGCGGCGGUCAUGGUGAACGUCCUCAUCCCCGGCGGCAUCAAGUCCUUCAGUGUCUUCUACAAGGCCUUCCAGGACCAGUUCGAAUCGUCCCUCUCGGCUGCCUCCUGGAUUCCAGCCCUCUGUUACUUUCUCUACAGUUCACUGGGCCCGCUGUCGAGCAUCCUCUCGGUUAAGUACUCGUACCGAACCGUCAGCCUGAUCGGCGGCACCUUCGCCGCGGCCGGGAUGAUGCUCACCUACUUCGCCACGUCCAUCGGCUACCUGUACUGGAGCUACGGGAUAUUCGUGGGCAUCGGCGCAGGCCUGGCCUUUCCCCCGACCGUCUACAUCGUCACCUCGUACUUCGUCAGGCUGCGCGGCCUGGCCAACGGCUUCUGCAUCUCCGGCAGUUCGCUCGGCUCGAUCAUCAUGCCGCCCAUCAUAACUAAGCUGCUGCAGGAAAACGAAGUCAGAACCGUGAUGCUGCUGAUGGGCGCGGUGACGCUGAACGUCUGGGCGUGCGCCCUGCUCUACGACCCGGUGGAGAAGCACCUGAUCCCGGCGAAGCGCAAGGCCCAGCGCGACGAGGAGGAGGCGACGGUCCUGGAGCCCCUGGCCGAGGCGGACGUCGGCAUCGCGAUCACGGGCCCGCCGCCGAGCGACGAGGAGCCCGCGGCGUCCGCGGCGUCCGCGGCGCCCGGCGUCCCCAAGAGCGCCUCCAGCGUCGCCCUAGAGAACUACCACAAGCCGGGCCAGGCCCGCGCGCGCAAGAUCAGCAUGCCCGUGAGCGGACGCGAGAUGGCCGGGCAGAUGCGCAGCACCCCGGCCCUCCACGCCGUGCCCGAGAGCCAGAGGCUCAGCCGGAGGCCCAGGCCGCCGCCCCUCUCGCCCAGCACCUCCUCCUUCAACUACAUCAGCACGCCCUUUCACGGCAGCACCCUCACGGCUCUGCAUCCCGAGUACGCCUCGACCCUCACCCUCAACGCCAUCAGCUCGACCUUUGCCAGGAAGAGCCCGGAAAAGACGGCCAAGCAGCAGCAGCAGCAGCAGCAGCAGGACCAAGACGUCCAAGCGGAGAGGAGCAAGUUCUUCGACUGCAGUCUCCUCGCGGAUCCGAUGUACCUCAUCAUUCUCAUCUCCAACUCGACCAAUGCAAUCAGCUACACCAACUUUGUCAUCCUGCUCGCCAAUUACUGUAAACAGCUCGACUUCUCCGAAUAUCAGGCCUCGCUGCUCUUAUCCACCAUCUCGCUCUUUGAUCUUGUAGGUCGCAUCGGAGGGGCAGCUUUGUCGGACACCCGACUCAUGCCGAAGCAUUGGUACUUCGUUGGCGGCCUUUUCAUAUCGGGCGUCUCGCUGGCCAUCACGCCCGUCGCCCAGGACUACACGCAGGUCAUCGUCUACUGCAGCAUCUUCGGCCUGGCCUCGGGCGUCUACGUGGGCGUCACCGCGGUCGUCAUGGCCGACAUGCUCGGCGUCGAGAAGCUCACCUCCUCCUACGGCAUCUCGCUCUUCGUCAACGGCCUCCUUCAGCUGGUCGGUCCACCGAUCUGCGGCUCUAUCAUCGAUCACUUUGGAACUAUGACGUGGAUCAUAACGACUCUCGGCAUCAUCCUCAUCUUUGGCUCGCUGCUCUGGACUUUUGUGCCUUUCAUUCGCAGAAGUCGAGCCGCUGCCGCCGCCGCCGCCGCCGCCGCCGCCGCCGCCGCCGCUGCGCAUCAGCAGCUGCAGCAGCCCGACAAGUUGUAGCACUUCCAAGGGCUAUCGACGGUGCUGACUGCGACGUCGUCUGCUGGAGGAGCGGCGAACCCUGUCUAGAAUUUAUCACAGAGUCUAGGUAAAUUUUUUCUAACGCGUUCAGCAUAUGUGCCCAGGGAUUCUCAUUGCUCAAUUAUAUUGUAUAUAAUUUAACCCAGCAAUAAUCGUCAAAGCUGAUGCUACGUUGCACUUCAAUUUCGUCAAAUUAGUUAAGGAUAAAAAGUAUGCGUCAACUAUUUUUCCAACAAUUCCAACAUUCUGCAGGCUAUGAACAUUCAGUCGACGUAUUGAUUGCGCGAUCAUUGGCACAUUUGUCAACGACCACUAUAAUGAAAUCUACAUCAUAAACUGUGAAAAUAAGAAGCAUUUCUACCAAUCUGCAUUACAAAUGCAUAGCGCAUCAGAAUGUACUACGAUAGGGUUUACUCCUGACUAUAUAAUACUGUUAUAACCGCGUACAUGGUUUAUUCUUAUGCGCUGAUGCGGCCUUUAAAACAUAAGAACUACUUAUAGUUAGUAUGAAUGCGAAUUUUAAUCAAAUGAUAAAGCAUUAACUAUUGUGAUCUUGUUUUAUCUUUAUUUUGAAGUUUACAAGUAUUUGUGUUAUAUUUUAAGAUAAUGUGCAGGUUAUUAUACUUGUUUUUAUUAUUAUCAUUAUUAUUAUUAUUAUUAUUAUUAUUAUUAUUAUAUAGAAGGCUUAAGAUAUGUAAUAUGAAUACUUGACAGCCAAUUCUUAACGGUUCCGACGAUCAAUAUUAUAUAUGAUGUAUUGAUUUUUUACAUAUAUCAGUGACAUAUCUCAAAAUUGGAUAUUAUAAUGAUGAUAAAGCUCAGGUUUAUGAAAUAAUAUAUAUUUUUACACCAAAGGCAUUUUUGCACUCUUGUUUGCGUGCUAUACUUUUUUUAAUAUCAACUGGAAACUAUUGAGAAUUUCUUUGUGUGACGCUUGAUGUGGUUUGAUUUUCAUAUUUUAAGGGCUCUCGGGAGCAUGGAUGUACCCAGCAGUUAUCGUGAAAGUGCAUAUAUAUAUGUAUAUAUAUAUAUAAUAUAUAAACUGCAGAAUAUAAUGAUGCAUAGAAUGAAUCAAAAGCCCUGCAUCUGCAUAGCGGACUCGAAUAUACUUAAUACUUACAACUGGUUGCCAUUGUCAUUCUUAAGCCGACAAUUGUCAAGAUAAAACUGCUAUAUAACUACUUGUGUAUACCGAGACCCUAUAAUUAUCGUAUUUGCGUUAUUUUUAUACAUCGGAUAUUGAUUCAAACAUUUCAAGUUAAUGCUUAUAGUAGAACUUUUAUUAUCAAAUCCGUCUUUUUUGACACUGCCACUUACAAUACUAUCUACAACUCUAAAUCUUAAAAAGCUGUAUAUUCCGUAAGGUAUACAGUUGCCAAUCCAACUGUAGUAUACAUAAUUUGAUGCCCGUGGCGACUGCUUCACCGAUGUAUAUCCUCUUGUUUUAAAAUCAAUUUUUUUUAUUCAACAGGCGCGCGCAAGUGUAUGAUGUGAGAUAUAAUGGAAAGGCUUUGAUGAUCUCAGCCUUAAUUUAGAGAAUUGUUACAAAUGUAUUAUGCGCGCGUUAACAACCGAGCUUUCUUCUAAAAACUGCGUACAUGCAUUAUGAAAAAUAUGCCGUGUUCCAAAUAAGAUCCGUUGAUUGUCUGACCGUGCCGCCGAUUUUGGUAAACCAUUGAUUUACCAAAUGAGAAAAGAGAAUAAUUUAAAAAAGAGAAUCGCGCCAAACGCCACUCAUUUGGUUAAAGUUAUAUCCUAUAAUAUUUGUUUAAGCUCAGUCAUUGGCGAAACGAUAAAGAUUCGUCGCCUACUCUGUUCAACUAAAGUAUAUAUUUUAGUAAUAGCAAAUAAAAGAGAAAAGCCGUAUGAAUGUCCAUUUUAUAACUGUGAAAGACACUUUUGUGUAUCUCUGCGGAUCGAAUAUUUUCGCAGAUGUAAUGAGAGCGUGAACGAUGUCUUGCCUUAUACGCGGAUUAUUAUUAUUAUAUACACAAUAGGUAAUACUUAACUACAAAGGCAAAUCUUUUACCGUAUUAUACACUAUUAUAUUAUAUAGAUUACAAAACCGCGAAAUCUGCACAAUAUGUAAUUGUAAUACUGACUGCAUACACGAGAAAGUACUUAUAUAUGUACAUACACGAACAAUUAUGUGUAUAUAUAUAUAUAUAUAUUAGCGAUGUAAUACAUAUAAAUGUAUAUGAAUAAAAAUAGCACAAACGUCAGCGGAUUCAUCCUUUACUAGCGAAUCGCAGUUACUUUUGUAAAUACACACACACAUAUAUAUAUAUAUAUAUAUAUAUAUGUGUGUGUGUGUGUGUGUGUGUGUGUGUCAAUCAGGCACGUUGGAGGAAAGUAUAUAUAUAUGUAAUUGCGUUGUGCUGUGGAGCUGCACGCCCGUCGCGCGCGAGAAAUAUUAACUUUGUUAUGAAUAAAACAGUAUAGACGACGAAAUGGUCGCAGUAACGAAGAAA